AUGGGGAUGACUGGCACUGGGAAAUCUACAUUCAUAAAGCUUCUCACUGGGAAGAAAGAUAUCAAGGUCGGAGGGGGUAUCAACCCCGAAACAAGUAAAAUUGGGAGCUUUUCAUUUUAUCACAAGCAUCAACGUGUGAUCAUGGUCGACACACCUGGCUUUGACGACAACCGGCCGAAAAUGAGUGAUUCGAAACUCCUUGGAUAUAUAACUGAGUUCUUAUCAGAAGAGCACAAGGGGAAGACGUUGCAUGGUUUUAUCUACUUCCACCGCAUCUCCGACGUCCGCAUUAGCGGCACUGCAAAGCGCAAUAUUCGUAUGAUGUCUUCCCUUUGUGGACCGUCCGCCAUGAAGAACGUCGCUAUUGUCACCACACGAUGGGACGAAGUUAACAAGGAACAAUUGCAAGCUGCGGAGAAGACUGAGACUCAGCUCAGCGGCUAUUUCAAAGACUUCACCGACAAUGGGGCCCAGCUCUAUCGCCACGAUAACACUCUCGAGUCCGCAAAGAAGCUCAUAUCUUCUGUCCUUGACUUUACUGCUAUUGACAAGAUUCAAAUCGUCGAAGAGAUGCGAAGUCGAAAGACUUUAUUUCAAACUGCGGCAGGUGAAGAGCUUGCCAGCCAGCUGACCCAGCUCGAGGCGGAUCAUGUGCAACAGAUUGAAGGGCUUGAGAAGCAGUUGGGAGCUGCUUCUCGUUUGGAGGACAAUUCUUACUACGAUGAGUUGAACAAGUUACGAAACGACCUGCGUGGGAGGCGCGGCAAGGUGGCAAAAGAUCGGCAGAAGUUGGAACUUAUGAAGAUCGCGCCAAAACGUUUCAAGCAGCUUCGUUCGUUGAUUACAGAAAGACGUCCGAAAUAG